AUGGGGAACACAAAGAACAAAUUUAAUAUCUUAGAAACGGUAAGUGCAGAGCCUAUAUCCGUUCUCGAUUAUGUAAAUGAUACGAUAAAAAAUAAGAAAGAGGAAAAACAGACAAAAAAAAAUCUAUUAAGUGAAUGGGGACAUAUGAAAAAAGCGGAUAAAACUGAUGAACUAAAACUACAAUGGAAAUUAAUUCAACAUGAAAAUUUAUUUGCAAAAAAUGAAUAUAAUAAAAUAAAAAAAGAUGAAAAGAUGCCAGAUUUUUUUCAAGUUGCUACAUUAAUAAAUGGAGAUGAUAAAAUAAAAGUUGGGGCUGGAAAAGAAUCUCAAUCAUUACAUACAUCAAAUAGAAGGAAGAGAAAAUGCUUAUCAGCUUUACAAUUAUUUGAAAAAAAUACAGAAAUGAAAAAAUGGUGUAUUAAAAAAUAUACCAAGUUACAAACAGAAAAAAAUAUUGGAGGAAAAUCUUUUGUUCGAAAGCAAAAGAGAGAAUUAAUGAAGCUCAAAAGGUCGUAA